AUGGCUGUCAAGCGCCUGCUUGCAUGCGCUGUAGCCUUGGCGAGCGCGGACCAGUCCCUGUCCGGGGGUGGUAUCUUCAUGAAGGUUUUGGGCCAGAGUGGCAAGAUCAACUACGCCACCAGCGAGCCCAUAAACUCCGCAGAUGAUAUGGUGCAGAUUGUCAUGGCCGAAAUGAAGGAGCUGGAUGCAGCCGGCAACGUGCUGGGCGGAGGCGGCAACGCGAAGCAUUCCUUUAACAGCUUUGCCACGCAGGAGUUCACUUUCAGUUCGCCAGAGUCCACGAUCAUCGAGGGUGUCAAGAACACCACCAAUGGCAUGCAGCCCUUUGACUACGAUGUGACAAAGAUUUCCUUCACCAGCUACUUGGGAGGUGGAAACUCAGAGACCGAUUCCAAGCUCGUGGUGGAAGCCAUCAUCUUCAAAACGGAAGCCAUUUUGCAGUUUACCAUUCCUUCCGACGUCGAAGGUGGGGACCCAAGUUACUUUUACUCAUACUCAACUGCAGGCAGUGUGAAGUUCAAUGUGAAGAUGAGCCAGUGGAACUGGUGCAACAACAACUGCAAAAGCGGGAACGGUGUUGGCGAGUCUGUGCGACUGACUAUCGAGAUGACCAACAAGAUCAUCGCUGAUGACAGCUCCGAAGGUGGCUGCAGCAAUGAGUGCAAAACUGGUGAUGUGCAGGACCUUGGCGGUGUGUUCCUUUCCGUUUUGAACACUUACAGCAUUGUCAAUGGAGAGACAUCCACCGAGUACACGAUGCCAGUUGCGCCCAGCCUGUCUUUGGAUCCUCCACCAGGCUCCAACAAGGGUAGCAGCCGCACGACCACGCUGGUGCUGGAGUUCCCCAAGGCCAACUUCGGUCCUGAUGACACCCUCGUCUAUGAUCCGAUGCUCAGCUACGACAGCUUUUCGGCAGACAGUGACACUACCACUGUCACCAUGACCACCACCGCGGAGGGAGGUAGCGGUGGGAGCACCGUGCCCACCACUGAAGCUGGCAGCACGGCCAGCACCACUGCGGGGAGCACCACGAUGGCCGAUGGCACCACGGAUGCUGGCACCACGGUUGCUGGUGGCACCACAGGCGCUGGCGGCACCACGGGCGCCGCGACUACGACAGUUGGAGAUGAGCCGCCUCCCAGCAGUGCCAAUCGAGCACUUCUGAGCCUUUUGGCUUUGGCAGCUGCUGCCUUGUCUGGAUGA